GUAGCGCCGUACUGUCCGACAAUUUCAAUGUCAAAUUGACAUUGCGCUUUUGCGACAAAUGUCGGCAUCUCUGCGACACUUCAAAUUGUAAACAAAGUGAAAAAAAAAAUAAUAUCAAUAAUUAUCGGCUUUGAUCCAAAAGGUAUAUAGCCGAAACACUGAAUUGUCCCAUACUUUUGGUGCCCAUCCACAGUCCAUGAUAGCUUAAAAUGGCGACCAGAUCUGUACAAGAGCCGCGGCCUAAGGAGGUGGUGGAAAGGCCACUAAUUCUGGCGAGAAUUCUUGAUGAAGCAUCUCAAAGAGUGUUCUUAGUAUCAUUAUUUAUAGCCAUACAAAGUUGGAAAAUAUACGACAUUAUGUUAUUAAAGACCAGUAUUCUUGAAGUUGCCGGACAAAGUGUCGGAACCCUGUCGAAUAACUUAACUAUAGUAUUAAAAUAUGCCAUAAUAGAUGGAAUAUUUUUAUGGAUACUCCCCAUAUUAAAUAUUCAAUAUAUUACUUUUAGUCCAUUUAUAACAUUACUAUUAACAAUCAUUUUAAAUGGGAUAACAUUAUUUAUGGUAAGUGAUUUAGGAGUAAUAUUGAUAAGUGGAAUUGCAUUACCUGUAUGGAAUACUUUUUUUCAUAAUCGAGAAUUAACUAUAGGAGGAGAUAGAAUUGAUACCAAUCGACUUAUUGAUUUAGAUUCCCAUUUUAAGGGGAGAUUAACAAUUAAUUAUUUACCUGAUUCUUCUGCCAAAAUGAAUCCCUUCCAUUUCGAUAGAAUUUGUCUUGACUCAUCCAAUUCACAUGCAAACCCCAUUGAAAUCCCUAUAGAAUUUAAUACCACUACUGAUAUUGGAUUCUUACAAAUUCAACAUACAACUCCCAAAAAUGAAAUUAAAUUACUUAACUAUACUGGCAAUUCUAUCAAGAGACUCUUAAGAAAAGAUUAUUCUCAUUUAUCCAAAUAUUCAGAGUAUAAACAACUCGAUAAUAUAUUUUACGUAGAAUUCCCUGUGACUGAACCAGGUUUAUAUCAAAUUAAACAAGUUAUUGAUGGUAAAAACAUUAAUAUUAGAACGUAUAAAUCAGAAUUGGUUAUACCUAAUUGUCCAGGAUCUCAAUUUUAUUAUCCAUCAUCAUAUGAUGAAACAAAGAAUUAUCAAUGUAUAUCCCGUAAUUCUCCUGAAUUAUCUGUUCAAGUACCUUUAAUAGAAUAUUAUGGUGUAACUCCAGGGAUUUUAACAUUAUCUUCAAGAAUUAAUGGUAAACCAUAUCGAGAUUUUAAAUUAUCUAUAGGAGAAAAAGUUUCUGAAAUCAAUAUUAAAGAUUUAAGUUGGUUAAAAUCAAAUUCUCUUAUACGAAAUAGUCUUGAACAAGAAUUAUUAAAGGAUGAAACUAUCAUAAGAAAUGCUGGGGAAGGUACCCUUGAAUUUCAAUUGGUUCAAGUAUCGGAUACUUUAGGUAAUGUUAGAAGAUAUAAUCCUGUAUCUCGAGAUAAAGAUGUUUGGUUUGUAUUCAAUUUAAGAAAGGCUCCUGUAUUUGGUCUUGAAGAUAAUAAUAAAGGUACGGAAUUAAUUAUUGGAUCAAACAAGAAAUUAUCACUUGUCGGCACAGGUUCAUUACAAGAAUCCGAUUUCCCUGUAAGUGUAACUAUAUCAUAUGAUAAUAAUAAUAAUAAUAAUAAGGAUUUAUUGGCUUCUAAUAUUUCCAAGACUUUCUCAUCACUUCAAGAUUUACUGAAUGGCAUAGAAGUAGAAAGAGAAGGUCAUUAUACUCUUACUAAUGCCAGAACCAGAUUCUGUCAAGCAGAAAUUGAUAAGAAUAAUAUGGUUAGUUUGAAAUUAGCUCAACCUCCAUCAGUAGAAAUUGAAGCCACUCCAUUGAUAGAUAAAUGUUUAGGAACUACUGGUUAUGAAUUUGGAUUUGAUUUUAAAGGUAAGGCCCCAUUCUAUAUUCAAUAUCAUGUCUAUCAAAAUCAGUCCAAUGGAAUUUUAAGACCUAUUCAUAAUGAUAGAGGAGUCACUUCUAGACUUUUAAAAUCUUCUGAUAAGAAUUAUAAAUUCACAUUCAGACCUCCAGCUGAAGGUAAUUAUGUGGUUAAAUUCGAUGAUCUUAAGGAUGUCAACUAUUAUAAUUAUCCAGUGAUUGUCGAUAAGACAUAUCUGACAUAUUUCCAAAAACUUUCACAGGUUUCAUUGGGAGGAUCAAGAACCAUAAAAUCAUGUUAUGGAGAUUCUGUUAGAAUUCCAAUGAAAUUUGAAGGGAAUGGACCAUUUUCAUUUAGUUAUGAAUUCAUUGAACUUAAUUCCGGUCAACGGUUAACUCCUACGAAUUCUAUUCAAGGAGCUGAAUCUUAUGAUAUUGUUAUACCUGCUACAUUAAAUGGUAAAUCAUUUCAAAUUAAAUUGGUUAAGGCGGAAGAUAAGUUUUCAUGUCCAGCAUUAAUUGAUAAUAAUGAAGUAGUAAUUGUUCAAUCUCGUUCAUUUAUACCUGAAAUUCAAAUUGGAAGUGUUUCGGAAACUUUCACUAUCAUUGAAGGUGAUCAUGUAGACAUUCCAUUGCAGUAUAAAUCUUCAAUUGGUCCAACUAGAAAUGAUAAGAUUACUUAUAAAAUUAUUAAAGAUAAAUCAAUUGAACAAAAAGUAAUUGGAGGUUCUCACAUCUUACAAGCUAAAGAUGAAGCUCAAUAUUCAUUAGUAUCUUUUGAAAAUGAUGGAUGUCCUGGUAUUAUUAAGAAUAUUGACAGAACAGUGACAGUCUCUUAUUAUAAUAAACCUAAUUUAACUUUAUCAAGUGAUAAUAUUCUUAAACAACAUAAAGAAGAGUCUACUUUACAUUUAUCAGCCGUUUGUAAAGAUUGUAAGAAUCCCUUGAAAUUAAAAUUAGAAGGAGCCAAUCCAUUUGUUAUAGAUUAUGAGAUUCGUUUCCCUAGUGGUAAAGUUGAAUCUGGAUCAAUGAAUAUUGAUAAUCAUGAUGUAGUGAUUAAUUUACCUUCUAAAGAAGUUGGAAGAUAUCAACAUACUUUUACAGCUGUUUAUGAUUCGCUAUAUACUAAACAUAAGAGUCGUAAUAGAAAACAAAAGAGUCAAAUUGUACUUUAUGAUGUUAAUCCUUUACCACUGGUUAAAUUCCAUGAUGAUAAUAGAUCAAUUCAAGUAUGUGAAAAUAAACUUAAUCAACUUGAAAAAUCAAGUGCUAAAGUUCCAAUUCUUGUAUCAGGACAAUAUCCACUUACUGUUAAUGCUUCAUUAAAGCAUGAGAUUACUGGAAGAGUUGAAACAUUAAUAUUCCAAGAUGUUACUGAACCAUUAUUGAAUAUUUAUGGUGGUGAAUCGUUUGGAUUAGGUGAACAUAUCUUAACCAUUAAUUCAAUUACUGAUGGGAAUGGAUGUAAAACAGAAUCUAUUUCACAAGAUAAUUAUUUUGUCAUUGUCAUAACUGAACUUCCAAAUAUGAAAAGGUCAGAUAUAAAGAGAGAUUAUUGUGUUGGAGAUCAUAUUUCUUAUGAAUUAAGUGGAGUAGCACCCUUUUCGGUAUUCUAUAACUUUAAUGGACGUCAACAAAAGGCCGAAUCCAAUCAUCAUUUCCUGAGAUUAGCUUCUAAACCAGGAAUCUUAUCUAUAGAAGCAGUUCAGGAUUCAUCAGCCAGUAAAUGCUUAGCUAAUUUCACCAAUAUGCCAGAAAAAUCAAAUGAAUUAACUCUUGAAGUUCAUCGACUCCCAUCAGUUGAAGUCAAUAAGGGAGAUUAUAUUAUAGAAGAUUUACAUGAAGGAGAUCAAACAGAAAUUAUAUUUACAUUUAUUGGAACUCCUCCAUUUAAACUUACCUAUGUAAGAAUAUCUGAAACAGAUCAUACAUCAAAGGCAAAGAAAUCAGCACCUGGUAAACGUCCAGUAGUUGAAAAGCAUGUUAUUGAUGAUAUUCAAGAUUAUGAAUUAAUCAUUAAAGCUAGUCUUGAAGGUACUUAUGAAGCCAUUGAAGUUCAAGAUGCCUUCUGUAUUGCUCGACGUAGUAAUUACUGAUUCAUAAUUAUAUAUGUAUAUAGAUAUCUACACUUUACACUA